AUGGGAUCAGAAAAGAAGAAUACCCUUUCACUCAAGUUCAAGCUUCCAAGAAUGGAUACCAUGUUGACUCUCAACAUCAAAAUUACUCCCUGUAAGAAGAACAACUUCAUCUGCAGAUAUGGACAGAUCCUGGAUCUUCUUAAUACCUCUGUAGACGUCUCAACUUUGGUGGCCUUAUCCCAGUACUAUGAUCCACCACUCAUAUGUUUUACAUUCAAAGACUUUCAGUUGGCUCCGACCAUUGAAGAGUACGAGAAGCUUCUAGGUUGGUAUGUGAAAGACCACUCUCCCUUCACAAAGUUGGGUGAACUAUUGAUGCCUGAAUUAGUUGCUGAAGCACUCCACUUAUAUGUCGAAGAGGUAUCCUUUGGUCUUGGACCUAGGGGAUUUUCUAGGAAGUUCUUGGAAGACAAGGCAUGGGCCUUGGAUAAAGAAGGGAAAUUGCUGCCUUUCAGUGACAUUCUAGCCCUACUGAUCUAUGGAGUCGUCCUGUUUCCAAAUGACGAUGAUUACAUAAACCAUUCCAUCAUUAGUGUGUUCGUAUCUGGGAAUCAUGUCCCUGCCUUGGUGUCUGAUGUGUAUUACUGCUUACACACUAGGCAUAAAAAGAGGAAGGGCGUGGUAUUGAGUUGUGCUUCACUAUUGUACACUUGGCUCUUAUCUCACAUGCCUCAAAAGGAGCCUUGGGUAGAUUUCUUGAAGGACUUGAGGUGGUCCCAAAAGUUUGCCUCCCUUACUGCCAAAGAUUUGGUUUGGUAUCUUCCUACCUCCAACAUAGAUCAGGUUAUCAUGAGUUGUGGAAACUUCCCGAAUGUGCCACUCAUGGGUCCACAAGGUUGUAUCAAUUACAACCCUUUGUUGGCCAUGAGGUAG